AUGGCGCCCGCGACCUUCCCAAGAUGGCGCCGCCGCGCCCCGCCCCGCGCUCCCAUUGGCCGGCGGCGCCGCUCGGAGCGAUCCGAUUGGCGGGGACGGGGGCGGGGCGGGUGUGUGGCGGAAGUGGCGGGCGGGCGGGGGGGGGGAAUGUGGAGAGCGGGCAUGGCCGCCGGGAACGGGCUGGGCCCGGCGCUGCGCGCCGUCACCGAGCAGGUGCAGCAAGCGGCGGCACGGAGGCCGCAGGUGAGGGGGACACCGGGGGGACCACGAGCAACCCGGCGGGACCCGCGGGGCGGGGUGGCUGCCACCGCGACAGGCCUCCGUCACCACGGGGACAGGCCCGCGCCGUGGGGACCGGUGGCCACCGGGUCACUGGGCACCGUGGGCACAGAGCCGCAGUGCCCCGGGGACGGGCACAGCACGGAUCUGGCUGUCCGAGCCCCCCAGGAUCCAGUGUCGCGACAGUCGUGCUUCGUGCCCGGGCCGGCGCUCUCCCAGCAGGGCCAGGCCCCUUCGUUGCCCCGGCAGCUCCGGGGCCGGGAUCCCCCCGCUCACCCCGCGCUGCUCCCGCAGGGGCUCCCGGCCGUGCAGCCGCGGCUCGUGGCCGUCAGCAAGACCAAGCCGGCGGAGAUGGUGAUGGAGGCUUACAGCCACGGGCAGCGCAGCUUCGGGGAGAACUACGUUCAGGAGCUGCUGGAAAAGGCAUCAGACUCCAGAAUUCUGUCGUCUUGUCCAGACAUCAAGUGGCAUUUUAUUGGCCACCUGCAGAAGGGCAAUGUCAACAAGCUGAUUGCUGUCCCAAACCUGUUCAUGUUGGAAACAGUGGAUUCUGUGAAACUGGCAGACAGAGUCAACAGCUCAUGGCAGAAAAAAGGAUCAUCCCAGAAACUGAAGGUCAUGGUGCAAGUUAACACCAGUGGGGAGGACAGCAAGCAUGGCCUCUCCCCCGGGGACACCACGGCUGCUGUGGAGCAUGUCAUCACCAAGUGCCCCAGCCUGGAAUUCGUGGGGCUCAUGACCAUUGGCAGCAUCGGGCACGACCUCAGUAAGGGGCCAAAUCCUGACUUCCAGGUGCUGCUGUCCCUGCGGCAGGAGGUGUGUGAGAAGCUGAACCUGCCCCUGGACAAGGUGGAGCUGAGCAUGGGCAUGUCCACGGAUUUCCAGCACGCAAUAGAGGUUGGAUCUACAAACGUCAGGAUUGGGAGCACUAUUUUUGGAGAGCGGGAUUAUUCCAACAAAGCCAUCGGGGGCAAGGCCCCUGCUGGAAGUGAAGGCCAAACAGAGGCUGUGACAGUGCAGGGGCACUAAAAGGAGAACAAGUGGCCUCACCAGAGGAGAGACCUCGCUGUGGGAGACCUCACUAUGCAUUUUACCUCCCUCCAUGUCGGCACCCUGAUGGUGAGAGGGAAUUCCUUGGAACAGAGGCAGAAAUGUCUCAAUCAUUGUGAUUAUAGAGUACCCCUAGAAACUGGAAAUCUUUGUAACCAACAAAUGACAAAUUGAGGAUUGGAAGUGGCUGUGGUGUCUUGGUUCCUCAGGGUCAUCAAGGACAGAGACUUUGGGGCAACUGGGUUGGACAAACAAGUGUUUGUCAGGCUGGAGUUCUGCUGAGCAAGGUGGGUGUCACUGCAGCAGUGCUGGUGCUUGUUUUCACUGAGGACUAAAUACUUCACUCAAUACAUUAUGAUCUUGCUAUAAAUGUUUUCCCAAAUACAAGUUUUGCACGUGGGAUGGUUACAUAGGAGCUGGGAUGAGGCCGUGCUGUGACACAGGAGAGGCCAUGGCCAUGGAAAAGGGGUGAGUGACAGGCACAGGGGACUGAGAGGAGCUCAGCUGCCACUGUGAGUUCAUGCUCUGAUGUUCUGGCUGCACAUCACAAGGGUGGGAGUGCCUUCUCAGCUCAAUUUGUCCUUUUCAGGCUGACACUAACUUUUCCCAUGGCUCCAUGGCUGCCCACAUCUGGAAUGCUUUCCCCCUUCCUUUCCCCUCCUCUGUUGUUGGGAAUUAUUUUCAUUCUGCCCAGUAGUUUUGCUGCCGUUUUUUGGUCAGAAUGGGGGUUUUCUGCCAGGCCUCUGCUCUGCCACCAGCUUGCUGCUGCUUGCCAAGGUGAAUCCCUCAUGGUUUGGUGCCUGUACCAUCCCCUUUACACCUGUGUGAGGAUAACAGUGCUUGGCUCAGGGCAGCAGGGAGCUUUCCUUGGGAAAAUGCUUCAGAAAAGGAAGUAUUAUUGUCCCACUGCAUCGCGGGUUCCUGAAGAAACAAUUUGGCCACUGAGAGAGUUUCUAGGCUGUGUCUUAACAUCUUUUCCUGCUCUUGAAGAGGGAAAUGGGACUGUCACUGCAGUAACUUUCCUUCAGGUGUGAGCAGAAGCUCCUGCCUUGUCCUGUGUUACAGCUAAAUUUUGGGCUUUUGUGUCUGCUGAGAGGAGGAGAGCUCAGCUGCCAGCAGGAACAUCCUCCCCAGGCUUUGCUCUGUGUGCGUGUGGUUAAAUCCCGCUGUUGGUUUCACUCUCUAAAAGCUGAAUGUAAAUGAAGAGUCAACUCCAACACCAACCUGUUGUAGCUCCGUGGUUUAGAAGCGCCGUGGGGUCGGAGCCGCCCUCCCCACGCUGCUCCAUGUGUGGUUCAUAGUCUAGUAAUAAACAGUGCUGAGUUCUGAUGCCAUCUGUGCCAACUCAAAAGCUAUUAAAGAUGUUAUUUUUAUGUUC